GAGAGUGUAAUUAAUUCGCUACUGUCGCAUGGAAGUUUUUAAGGAGGAAAUAUAAAAUUAGUGAAGAAAAUGUUAAAAUUUGAACUUUCAACACGCGUCAUCACUUUUAUAAUAUUCCAAAUAAUAAUAUGUGAUAGAGUAGAUGGAAAACUUUUUCAUCAAAAUCAUAAUCGCAAUGACAAUAAAACUUUUCAGAAUGAAACUUCUUCGUUUGUUACAAUAAUUGACGAGGAUUAUUUUAUGUAUCGUGAUGGUGAUUCAACAACUGAAUUCAUCAUUGAUGAAACGACAGAAACUGAACCUGAAGAUUGUAUCAUCUUAAUAACAACAACCGAAAUAAGUGAUGAAAACAUUCUUACUAUCAAAUGGACAACAGAUUUCAAUGAUCCUUCAAUUUGUGAUUCAAAAACGUUAAACCUUUCUUUAACAUGGUUGGAAUGUGACGACGAAACUUGUAAACAAGAAGCUUCUGUACUCAUAACUAGAUUCAGUUAUUCAUUUCCGCAAAAGUUAGAAGCUUGUGGAAAUUAUGAAUAUGAGAUUAUAGAAAUUAAAUGGAAUGGUGAAGAAUCAAAAAUAGCCCAACAAAUUCAAGCAAACGAAGAGUUUGAAGAUAUCGAAUUAAAAGUUUUUCAAGAUGUUGAAUCAUAUUUCGCGGUGUUUCUAAUGUGGAAUCGAAAUGAAAAUCUCUUAUGUGAACCAAAUUAUAAAUUUGAAUUGAGUUCUAUUGAAACAACAAGGGAAAGUUAUUUGAAAGAAGUCAAUGUAACUAUUGAAGGAUUGGAUCCAUGUGAGACCUACACGAUAACAUUGUACCCUGCGUAUAAAAACAACACUUUAGUUGAAAGUAAAGGAUCUUCAAUCACUUAUACAAUGAAUCAAAUCAACCCUCCACCCAUUCGGAAUUUAACUGUUGAAUACUUGGAAAACGAGAAAUCUCUCGCAGUGUCUUACACUCCACCUGUUAGUGGCUCAAAAUGUGUUAAAACUUAUGAAAUAUUAGUAGAAAGCGACAUGGAAGCGCGAAACAUAUCGACAACUCUUACAAGAGAAGUUUUCAAUCUCGUUUAUGCUUGCACUAUUUAUGAUAUCACAGUCUUUUCAACAACAUUCAGCGACCUUGAAACUGCAAGAGAAACAAAAAACAUUUUAAUACCUACAAGAAUUUUCAAUGCUCCAUCACCACCGAGAGUCGCAGACCGGUCAGCAACAAGUGUAAAUUUGACCACUACAAUCAAUCCAGUCAAUCAAAAAAGCACCUGUAAAGUUGAAAGUGUAACGAUAAGAUGUAUUGAUUAUGCUCAGACUUUAAACAUAACAAAAGAAGAAAAUGUUAAAAUGGAAAAUGAUACAAGCAUAGAAUUAACGGGAUUAGAGCCUUUCACUGAUUAUUAUUGUUAUACGAAGGUUAAGAAUGUUGAAGUCAACAUAGGAGAUCCAACAGAUCCUGAACAACCUUUGGUUAAAAUAGUUGAAGUGGAUGCAACAUCGUGUAAAUUUGAAUGGAAUUCACCAAAGGCUUAUGGAAUCAUUGUCAAUUAUUAUGUUCAUAUACAAUUUUUGAAUUUCUCGUAUGUUACUUCGGAGAAAUGUGAAAAUGAUUUUGAACCUACAACUUUAACUCUAUCUGAGAAUGUAAAUGAACAUGUUUUGAUAAAUGCACUUCCUUUUUCCUCGUAUUCAGUUCAAGUCAAAGCGAAGAACAAUGAAAACGAAGGUCAAUAUAGCAUUGCACAGCAUUGUAGAACUUUAGCAGCUUCACCUGCCAGAGUUGAACAAUUCAUGUAUGAAAGAAUGCAACAAGAAUUAGAUAUGGAAUAUAAUCGGACAACAAUUCUAAAGUGGACUCCACCUUGUCGUCGGAAUGGAAAAAUUACCAAAUACAUCAUUAAUGCUGUACAUCAAUUUAAUCCUCAAAUAAGUUGGACUUAUGAGGUUGAUGCUUCUCAAUACAUUGAAGAAUAUUCAUUUAAUGUUGAAAACUUUCAACCCGAUUCACAAUACAAUGUUUCAAUUCAAGCAAAUACGGAAGAAUUUAUAGGAAGAGAAACAUUCCAAACAGUAAUACUUGAAGCUGGAUUGCCUCUUCUUACUGAAUGGGAUUCUAAUGAAGUCAUUUAUAGCAUAUCAACGAAAGAUGCAAGAUUGACGAUUCCUUACUCAAUUUUUCAUUCCGAAGUUGGAAGAAUCACCAAAAUUUUAAUUCUUGUUGCAGAAAUGAGUUGUGACGGAGAUUUAACACCUGAGAAAGGGUUCGUUGGCAAAGAGCCAUAUUUGAAGUCAUGGCGAGAAGCUUCAUCUGAAUCUUGCGUUCCCCAAUAUCAAACUGGAACUAUUACCGAUGAAAGCAUUCAAACUUUAACGACAGAAGAGGGACUUGAAGUAUUUAUUUUCACUGUUGGAAAUGAGAAUUGUGGAGAUUCACCCAGUUAUUGCAAUGGACCUUUGAAACCAGGUGCCAGCUAUUUAAUCACUAUGAGAGUCUUUACAAGGAGAGGUUUCUCAGAUACCGAUUACAUCUUAAUUAAAACUGAGAAGGAAGUUCCAUUUUAUACGAUAUCAAUAUCAAUACUUUCUACUAUGUGCGUUGUCUUCAUGAUUGGAUUUUAUAUAACAUACAAGAAAACAAGAACCCUACGAGAACAAUCAAUGGAUUUUUCAAACGAUAAAAAAGAUAUCCCAAUUAAUGACUUUGGAAAGUAUUUUUCUGAAAUGUCUGCAGAUGACAAUGCACGGAUGAAGGAAGAAUAUGCGGCAAUUCAAGCAUAUGCUGAAAGUUUAGAUAAAACUUUUAUUGCAUCAAAAGCUAAUGAGAAACUUAAUCGAUACACAAAUAUUUCACCUUUUGACUACAAUCGUGUUGUUCUUAAUGAUGAUGAGUUUGAAAAUGAUUAUAUUAAUGCAUCGCAUAUUAAUGGUUAUCAUUAUCCUCGAGAAUACAUUGCAGCUCAAGGUCCGAAACCAAACACCGCGAUUGAUUUUUGGCGAAUGAUUCUUCAACAUAAAGUUGAAUCGAUUGUCAUGCUUACAUCUUUUGUAGAGGAAGAUAGAAUCAAAUGUCAUGAAUAUUUCCCGAAGUUAAAUGGUCAAAUUACAUUCAGCAACAUUAACAUUAUAUGCAAAAGUGAAGAAAAUCAUCAAAAUUUUAUAAAAAGAAUUAUGGAAGUUGAAAAGGAUGAUGAAAUACAUACAGUUAAACAUUAUUAUUUCACGUCUUGGUCUGAUCAUGGCAUUCCAUCAAGUCCAUCAGCUUUAAUUGAAUUUUGUAAAUUAUUUCGAAGUGAAAGACAAAAGCUAAGUGGCAGCAUUGUGGUUCAUUGCAGUGCUGGUGUUGGAAGAACAGGAACAUUUAUAGCACUCGACAUUAUAAUGCAACGUCUGAAACAGGAGAAGAAAAUAAACAUUUUUGAGUUAAUUAAUCAGCUGCGUUUACAAAGAAUGAAAAUGGUCCAGACUUUAGAUCAAUAUGUGUUCCUCUACAAUGCUACUAAAGCAAUUGUAAAUGAAAGAACGCAAAGAUCUCAAGUUUUACAAAAUAUUGUUUCGUAUAUGAACGAACUGAAGCUUUUCCAAGGAUUCAAAAAGGAUGAAAAAAACAAAAUAAAUUCACAUCAGAAUGAAAGCUCUUUGUGAUCAGUUUACAUGAAAAAAAAUGAAAUUAUCUAAUUGCUGUGUUGGUAAAUAUCGCAAAAUAUUUAUAUGUAAUAAGUAUCUAUGAUUGUUAUGAUUAGAAAAUAGUGUGAUUUUCAGUUUUCAAGAUAAUUUUUAUUACAUUUCAGUCAAUGCCAAACUUUUAACUUUUCAAUCUUCAAACUUAAAUAUCAGAGAAAACUUUUGCUUUAAAUUUAUGUAAAAAUCAUACAUGUAGAUAGUAAUUUAUGAAAAUUUGUAACAUCAACAAAUAAUUUAUUAAAACAAAUGUUGAUAAAAAAUUUGACAUUUUUCUACUUUUUCUUGGUUUUAUCUUUCUUUGCAAACUCAAGUCCGGAUAUAUUCCCUUUAGCAAUUUUGUAAGUCUCAGUGAGAAGAGAAUAAACAAAACGAACUUGAUUUCCUUGAAUUUGAAAUUGGUUAGUGUUUGAGCCAGGAGUCUUUGUUAUACUUGUUGAAGCUUGAACACCAAUUUUGCAUGCUUUCGAAAAUUCUGCAAUAUUUAUUCCAUAAGCUUCAAGAUUGCUGAUUAAAGUUACUUUCUUAUUGCCCAUUCUUGUUGCAAUUGUUAUUUGUAUUAUUGGUUUCUUUCCGCCUCUAAUAAGUGGCCCUGAUUGACUUCGCAUUUCAAAAGUAUUAUCCAUCUUUGAGUUAACAUUCGCUAUGAUUUCAUCCAAAGACAUUCGAACAGGAUCUUCGUUCUCUCGUUUUCCAAGACAUAUUUCAACAAGAACGUCAUCUAAUAACGCUUGUUUGGUAAUGGGAUCUAGAAGUUUUUUCCUCGACACAUAAUCCUUUACAUAAUUUUUAAUUUCCGUGGAAUCAAGAGCGUUUCCAUCUUUAACACCUAAUGCAUUAAAUAUUUUCUUUGUCGAUUCAUUGACGACAUAAAGUUCAGUCAUUUUCGUUAAAAGCAUAUGACAACUUUGCUCUGAUUUCGCAUCUUCUGACUUCACUUUGAAAGGAAUAUGUGUGACAAGCUCUGGAUGUUCAUAAUUUAUUGAGAUUAUUUUUUCAACACCUUUAUUCUCCUCUUUGACGACAAUGAAACCUUCAUCAGUCAUUUGUUUAAUAAAUGUUGAAACUUUCUUGUACGAUGUUUCUUUGAUUGAAACUGACUUGUCACCAUUCGGAUGUUUCUGCUUCAGAACGUAAGUAGGAUAAAAAGUUCCGACUUGGAUUGGUAAUAAACUAAGAAGUUCUUUCUUGUUAAUCUUAAGAGCUGACAUGAACAUACUUUUGAGAAUGUCAUCGGGAUUUAAAGCUUGAUUUCCUUCACUUUGUUGACUUUCACUAUCGUCUUCAGAACUUGAAUCAUCAUCAUUUUGCUCCUGUGGUUGAGAAUUUGAUGGGACUGACCCAAGUUCAGGAAAAUCUUGUUCACUGUUCAAAUUCGGCUGCCUAACAGCAGGUUUUGAAACAGGGAUCUGUUGAGUUACACUUCCUUCCAUUCCCCAUAACUUAUCACCAAAAACAUGCAACAUUUUUACGCAAAUUCCAUGACCAGCAGACAUGUACAUAUCUUCAGAGUCCAAUGCUAGCACACCAACACCAACUGCUGAAGCAUUUGAUGAUAAAUUUACAGCCACUAUCUGAUUUUUUUGGAAUCUCCCAAAAGACUUUCGAUCGGAGCCUUCUUUUACAACACCUGGCAUCAUUAAAUUUGCACCAUUCGCUAGUUUCGGCAGAACUUGAGGAUGAGUUGUAAAGUAAGGAACACAUGAUGGUAUAAGCCAUAACCAGUACACUGUAGGAUAAAUUCUAUCUUCAAAUUCGAAGAACAUUGGUCGUUUAUCGACUGUAAAAAUUAUCAAUUGUUGUUCUCCAUGUGUCGUCGCUUUCACAGAUUGAACAGAUGAUUUAGACGGCAACAAAAUCGACAAUUCAUCUUCAUUUAAUUUGUAUUGUUGUGAAAGUUUUGUCU